AAAGGGGAAAAAAAAAGAGAAAAAGCUCAACUGAUCCAUGGUGAAGAGGACUGUGCUUAAGGUUGAUACCUCUUGUCCAAAGUGCAAGCAGAAGAUCAUGCAAGCUGUUUCAGCUCUAGAAGGUGUUGAUAAAAUCGAGAUGGAUAGCGCGAAAAGCACACUUACAGUCACUGGGAACGUCGACCCGAUCGACGUGAUCGUUCGGACAAGGAAGGUAGGAAGAUAUGCAGAAGUUAUAAGCGUUGGACCGCCGCCAAAGCCUGACGAGAAGAAACCUGAUGAAAAGAAGCCGGAUGCGAAGAAGCCCGACCUGCCACCGCCGGUGUUUAUCCCCGUUCCGUCGUGCUCGGUGUGCCAGCGGACGAUCGUUGUCGACGAGUAUUGCCAUACACCUUGCUCCAUACUGUGACUUGUGCACAUCUUCAUAGGUCAUAUUAUGGAUGUAUAGAUUGUUUCAAACUUGGUCUCAAAUUCAUUUCUACCAAUACUGUUGUUGAAAUUGCUUUACUACAACAUUGAAUAAUGAACUAGUAGCUUAGCAAGAGUACUGCUGACUCUGGGGGGUUGUUUAGUCAUUUACUAGGAACAGAAUCUCUGUUUUGAAGAAAAAAAAAUUAGUAUCUCUUGAAUACUGAGAUUUGAAAUCUUAAAUUUUGUUCUUUUCAAAAAAACAUGUUAUUUGCACAACUUUUCUAUGAGAUUUCAACUGAUUUCAAAUGAUUCUAUAGAUUUUGCAUUGCAUAACCAAGUACCAAGAUUUGAAUUUAGGUUUGGUGGAAAUUCAUUUGCAAUUAACAAGAACAUUUAUAACUUCUUUUUUUGCUCAUUUAUUUUUAAAAAUAUUUAACAAGAUCAAGAAAAAUUUAGACAUCUUCACAUCAAUUUCUCAGUAGCCAUAAAUUUUACAUGCUACUUUGAUCUACAUCUCACAUCUACUAUUCUCUUCUCAAGAUAAAAUCCUACAAAAUUGUUCACCUCUGAUUAGUUAAUAAUGUGGAUGAUGAGGACUUUACUUCUCAAUAAACUAUAAUAAGCUCAAUAUAUAUUAAUAGAAAGUGGCAUGUUUUGCAUUGUCUAGUUCUACUAGUUUGUUGGUUCUUUUCUACUAAGCGCACCCUACCUCUUCUUUAAUGCUCACUACUACAGGUUUUGUAAACGGACCACUUAAUACUUGGCAAUUGCUUGUUUCUAUCACAUGCAAAUGCAGCCUACAGUUUCAGAAUGUAUACUUGCAUGGAAUAAACCAAAAACAGUAUGUCAGAUUUCCCUACAGAGAUCAAGUGCAAUAAAAAUGCAAAGAAUAGAGAGAUGCCUGCUAAUAAACUAUUGGAGCUAGAAAGCUACUUAAACAAUGCAUAGAACAGUUUACAGAGGGCAGUGUUAACAAGAUACUUGGCAACAAUAGUUUCAGAGAUUGGUUUAGACCAGAAAGUUAAAGGGGCAUCUAAACAUCGAAGAGCAGAUGUUCUAAUGCCCUACUUCUGGCUCCAGUAUGAAGCCAACAGACUAUUAUUUCAAUAUAACAUUUGCUGAGACUGCCAGAAAGCUAUUUGUAAUAAUAAUUCUACAUAAGCUGCAAAAGACAAGAAUUAAAACUAUAAUUACAAAAUCCUCGAUUACCUUUUUGUUUUUUCUCCUGAAAAGAUUACAAAUUGUACACGAGAGUUCUGCUGUCUGAGUGUAUUUAUUAAUUUAUAAUUGUGGACCAAAACAUCAUAAAACUUAUGGAUAACCUAUAAAUGGAUCAACUAAUGUAAGUACUUCAUACAUUACACAUUACCAAAUCUAAUUUAAGUACUUCAUAUGUUUCUUCAUACGUUGAAGUUAAUGCAAGUAAAAAUGCUACAUAAAACUUUCAGGAUAUUUUAUAUUUUAAGUGCUGCAUAUUUCUAUUCUACAAGCUAAGCAAUCGACAAAUUUUCCUGAACUCUUGAACUGUCAACCUGGUUAAAUACUUAAAACUUAACCUAAAUGCCAAUCUUCUGACCAAGCUUGAAACGGACAUUAUCAUCCAACUUAUCAGCAGGAAGUAGAAUAAAUAGCUGUAAACAAUUUUUCAAUUGUAUUUAAAAGAAACGUCAAUAGCUGAAAACAGCAAAGAUAUAGGUUGCAGUUAUACCACCCUAGUAAUGUAUAAGUCAAUGAAUAUAUUAUGCAAGUCCAGGCUCAACAUAAAAUAAAAGAACCCAGAAUUUCAUCCAUUUCAGAUUUCAAUGUGAAACCAAAGGAAGACAACACGACAAAGACACACUCAAUUCACCUUUCAACAUCAUCUUUAGUUUCUUAUUCUCAAGCCCCCACCACAUCAGGUAGUAGCUGUACCUGAUGCACAGGAAA